AUGCCAAGUGAUGUCUUUAACAAAUUCAGAGAGAGCAAUGGAGAAUUCCAGGAAUCCACUACUACCGAUGUGAUGGGUAUGCUAAGCUUAUAUGAAGCUGCACAUUUGAGGACGCAUGGAGACGAUAUUUUGGACGAGGCUCUCGUAUUUGCAACCACUCACCUUCAGUCCAUUGUGACCAAUUUAAGCCCCACUCUUGCGAAAGAAGUGGUGCAUGCACUGAAGCAACCCCUUCACAAGGGGUUUCCAUUCUAA